AUGAUCUAUUUGGAAUCCUGUUUUUACUGUACGUCACGAUACGCCCUUACACUGUCCGGGUAUACGGGAAUCGGAGCGACGUCGAUCAUCUUUGUCGUCGCGUCGAUCGUGUCGUUUUGUUUGAAGACGCAUCCGGCGUUACGAAUUCCCACCGUUGAAGUCCUGCAAGUCAACGCUACGUCUCCACUUUUUGUAUCGAAGAUGGUGACGAGACCCCACCCCUACUUUUUCUACGUCGAACUCGUGUGCAACAUCUGGUUUUCGGCCGAAUUUUUUGUGCGGAUAUUGUGCUGCCCGCAGGUAACGAGCUUCAUCCGGAAUCCGAUCAACAUCAUCGACUUGAUCGCCACGAUCUCAUUUUACGUCGACUGGACGCUGGACAAGGCGUUGAGCAAUCGAGACUCGGUCGAAUUCUUCUCGAUUAUCCGCAUCCUCCGGCUCUUCAAGCUCACCCAGCACUCGCUUGGCCUCAAAAUAUUGAUCGCCACCUUUAAGGCGUCAGCUCAGGAAUUGUUCUUGCUCGUCUUUUUCGUCUGCCUAGGAAUUGUCAUUUUUGCCGCGCUUGUCUAUUACGCUGAGCGUCUCACUUAUAACCCGGGUAACCAAUUCGACUCGAUUCCCGUCGGGCUUUGGUGGGCUGUGAUUACGAUUUGUACGAUUGGGUUUGGAGACUUGGUGCCAAAAACGUGGCUAGGUAUGGCGGUCGGCUCCGUCUGCGCACUAAUGGGUGUGCUGACGAUCGCUCUCCCAGUUCCGGUCAUCGUCUCCAAUUUUGCUAUGUUCUACUCCCACGCCCAGGCUAGAUCCAAACUGCCGAAAAAACGCCGACGAGUCCUCCAACCGCACGAAAUUAAGCCCAUCGUCGGCCGGCAAACGACGGCCGUUUUGUUAGGGCAACUGGCCCCAAAUUCGAACAAUGACGGCGAGACGAGCUCCGAAAAAGACUUGGAAGACCUGAGCGACUUAAGGGUCAAUCAGGAGCCUACGGAGACUCCAGACGUCCCUGAAAAAGAGCCUAUCGACUUUGAGCCGCUGCUCCAACGGCUAGAAGCCAUUUUGGACGCGCGGAUCGGGAAAGUCGAGCAGAACAUUGAGGGAAAUGUGUCGGCGACGAUCGAUAGGCAAAUGGCCAUGGAGAACUGGGAACCCACUGAAAAUAUGCAAAUUCAAGAGCAGGAGCCAAAAACUGCGGAGUCGAGCUCGGGAAAAUCGUCCCAUCUGAUCGACGAAGAAGAAAAAGAAUCAGCAGAACACUCUCGAGACGAAAAUCCGGCUACGCAUAACUCCGAAGAGCGCAACUUUAUCACCGAGGAGUCGGAGACUCCAAGACCACCAAAAAUUCCUCAGCAGGUGGCCGCCGGAAAACCGAUGACAAAUCAACCCGAAAAGUCGAAAAAUUCGGAAUUCCUUCCAAUCGGAAAAGACGGCCCGAAACCGUCGGACAACCUGGAGACGAGCGAUUUUUUGGAGUCAGAUGUGGCAAAGGAUGUCAGGGGCAGCGGAGUCGAAAUAUUCGAAGGGAAAGAACACGGAAAGCCCGGGACCCAGGGCCCCUCAAAAGCCCAAAUCGAGCAGAUCGAGUCCGAGCUUGUCAACGGACCAGCCAGGGCUGAUCUCCAGGGUGGAGCUACAACCGGCGGAAAGUACCAACCAGGCCGAGGAAUGGUCUCGAAAUCAGGGAUCCACGGAAGUAGUGGCUCCCCCUCCAGUCAGGAUCUCGACUCGAUAGGCGCCUUCCAGGCGCCCUGGAACUUUGAUAAGGUCCAGCUUCGAGGAGACACCGGCGGUCAUCCCGAUCUCGUCACAGCCGCCGCGCCCCCUGAAAAUAAAGUCGGAAAA